UCUUUCCUUUUAUACGAUUGCUAAUCCAUCGAUUUUAUCUCAUUUAAGCACCUAACCUUACCAUAUACCUUUCAUUGCCUCCUUACACUCUCUCUUCCGAAACAAUGGCGGAUUCUCCUGGAAAAAGCUGUCUAUCGAAGAAUCGGGAUUUUAAAUGGGGUCUUACAUGUUCAGUUCAAAAUCCAAAUAACCCUAGCAGUUGCAAAUCUGGAAUUUAAACCGACAAAAGGAAGAGUUGGGUGAACUAGUUGAUUAACACUUGGAGACUUAAUCAGGAGGUUGUACCAGUUAUCAUAACAUAUAGGAAGUGGCUGUGAAUCAUGGCAGACUUGGAAAAUUUGCUUCUUGAGGCAGCAGGAAGAACCGGUGCAGCUGGAAGGAACAGGAAUGCGCUUCCACCAUCUAGGAGGCGACGUGAGGGUUCAUAUUCUGAUGGUGGAAGUGAUUCUAGAGAUGAUGAUUCUGAUGAUGAUCGUGGCUAUGCAAGCAGGAAGCCAUCUGGAUCUCAAGUUCCUUUGAAGAAGAGACUGGACCCCACUGAAAGAGAUGAUGAUCAGGGUAGCCAGGAUGAUGGUGACUAUGAUGAUGGGGGUUCUGAUCGUGAGGGUGAUAGCAGUGAUGAAUCAGAUGUUGGUGAUGAUCUUUACAAGGAUGAGGAUGAUCGGAGGAAGCUUGCUCAGAUGAGUGAACUUGAGAGGGAGAUGAUAUUAUCUGAACGGGCAGACAAAAAAGGUGAUAAGAACUUAACUGAGAGAAUUAGAUCAAAACGGGACAGCGAGAGGCCAACUCGAUCCAGAAAAGAGACUCCACCUCUUCCAUCAUCUCGUGGUGUGCGCACAUCGGCUAGAUCUGCAGACAGGGCAGCUGCCAAAGAUGAUGCAUUGAAUGAAUUGAGAGCUAAACGUCUGAAGCAGCAGGACCCAGAAGCUCACCGUAAGAUGAGGGAUGUUUCUAGAGGAACUUCAGGUGGUCGUGGUUUAUCGCCAAUCAAGCGAAAACACUUCACUUCAGCAAGCCUGAGUAGCUCUAGCAGUGAGAGUGAAAGCAGGUCUCAUAGUGAAGAUGAAGGGUCAACAGGCGAUGGUGGAAUGGGAGACAGUGAUGAGGACAGGGAUCUGGGGUCUGAGGGUCCAACGUUUGAUGACAUAAAGGAAAUCACGAUCCGGAGGUCAAAACUUGCUAAAUGGUUUAUGGAACCAUGGUUUGAAGAGUUGAUUGUGGGUUGCUUUGUGAGGGUUGGGAUUGGGAGGUCAAAGUCUGGGCCAAUCUACAGGCUCUGCUUGGUCCGGAAUGUUGAUGCUGCAGACCCUGACCGCCAAUACAAACUGGAGAAUAAAACAACAUAUAAAUAUCUGAAUGUUGUUUGGGGCAAUGAAAGCUCUGCUGCUAGGUGGCAGAUGGCUAUGGUUUCUGACUCUGCACCUACUGAGGAGGAGUAUAAACAGUGGAUGAGGGAAGUGGAACGUAGUGGUGGGCGGAUGCCAACAAAACAGGAUAUUAUGGAAAAGAAGGAGGCCAUACAAAAGACAAAUACAUUUGUCUAUUCAGCGGCUACUGUGAAGCAAAUGUUGCAGGAGAAAAAAUCUGCCUCGUCAAGGCCAUUAAAUGUUGCUGCUGAGAAAGACCGAUUGAGGAGGGAGUUGGAAGUAGCACAAAGUAAGCAAGAUGAUGCAGAGGUGGAGAGAAUAAGGGCUAGAAUUCAGGAACUGGAGGCAUCUCGGCAAACUCAGGAAAAAGAUAAGAAGGCUAUUAGGUUGGCAGAGAUGAAUAGAAAGAACAGAGCUGAGAAUUUCAGAAAUGCAUCAGGAUUGAAACCUUUGAACACUAGUCUGAAAGCAGGUGAGGCUGGGUAUGAUCCAUUUUCAAGAAGAUGGACUAGGUCAAGGAAUUACUAUAUGUCAAAGACUGCUGGAGAGGAUGCAGCUGAAUCAACCAAUAAUGAGGCCAAUGGCACAGUGGUGGUUGCAAACAGUAAUGGAGCAGCAGCUGGGGUUAUAGCCGAGACUGGCAUGGCUGCUACAGCGGCAGCCCUGGAAGCAGCAGCUGAUGCAGGGAAGUUGGUUGAUACAGCUGCUCCUGUGGAUCAAGGCACAGAGUCAAAUACACUUCAUGAUUUUGAGCUUCCAUUCUCAUUAACUGCACUUCAGAAAUUUGGUGGAGCGCAGGGAGCUCAGGCAGGGUUCAUGGCAAGGAAACAACGGAUAGAGGCAACUGUUGGAUGCCGGGUCCCUGAGAAUGAUGGGAGGAGGCAUGCUUUGACUUUGACUGUUAGUGACUACAAGAGAAGAAGAGGACUCCUCUGAAAUGUUACAAUGCACCAGCCAGUUUCCUUUCUGGUAACAACAUUAGUUUCUACAGCAGCCUUCCUGCAAAUCUAUGGGUUGUGAUGAUCUUGUUAGUGCAAGAUUAUUGAUGUGUGUUCACCCGAGGCAAGUAGUGUCCAAGAAAAAACCAAAAAAAAAAAAAGGUUUUGCAAUUACUGUCUUUUAAGUUCUAAUAUGUUAUGGGACGUAUAGGUGUUUGGUAUUGUCUUUGUUUUAUUGUUUUGUAUUGACAAUGGUGUUUUAUUAAGGAAGCAGGAUAAUUGCUGCUGUGGAA